AAACCUUCGCCGCCGUAAUCCGGUCAUCACCGCCGUAGCUUCAUUCACCUAACCUAUGCUCUUCUAAUGGGCUCCACUUCCGCCAUCUCUCUCUGCUCUCAUCCCAAGUUUCAAUUGAGGCGGCGAUUCGAUUCCGACGGCUCCAGGAGUGACCUGUUCGGCUACCGCGCGCUCGGCGUAUACUUACCGCCGGUGGUUCCGUUUAGAAGGAGAUGCCUGGUGGUGAAAUCCAACGGCGGCGGUUCGAGAAGGCCGGCGAGCUCUCGGAGAGUGUAUAGGGAGUCUCAGAGCGUCGGCUCUGUUGCUGCUCCGGUCCAGCAGCUCGCUUCCUUCGUCGUUCCGGCGGCUUCCUUCUUCGCCGUUACCUUUGUUAUGUGGAAGCUGGUGGAGAAGCUUCUUGUUCCGAAGAAGGGGAGGAUGACUUCGUCUAUAGACAGCAAGGCGCCUGAACAGGGAGGAAUGAAGUGGUCGAUUUCGGCAGGGUCGAAUUUGUUGUCAGGUUUUGGUGCAAAGAUUGAGAGAGAGUCUAAGCUCAAGCUCAAUGACUUUGCCAAGGAACUUAGGUCAUUCAGUAGCGUGGACUUGUCAGGGCGUAACUUUGGAGAUGAAGGAUUAUUUUUCCUUUCUGAGAGUUUGGGUUACAAUCAGACUGCUGAAGAAGUAAGUUUUGCUGCAAACGGAAUAACUGCUACUGGAAUAAAAGCCUUUGAUGGUGUUCUUCAAGCUAACAUCAUGUUAAAGACUCUUAAUCUCUCUGGGAAUGCUAUUGGAGAUGAUGGAGUAAAGUUGCUCUGUGAUAUAUUGGCGAAUAAUAAUGGCAUUCAAAAGCUGCAGCUAAACAGUACUGACGUAGGGGAUGAGGGUGCAAAGGCUAUUGCAGAACUGUUGAAGACAAAUUCAAGCUUGCGCGCUCUUGAGCUUAACAACAAUAUGAUUGACUACUCUGGAUUUACAAGUCUUGCUGGAGCUCUUCUUGAAAACAAUACACUACGGAACUUACAUUUAAAUGGCAACUAUGGUGGAGCCUUGGGUGCCAAUGCUUUAGCUAAAGGACUUGAGGGGAACAAGUCUUUAAGGGAACUCCAUUUACAUGGAAACUCUAUUGGAGAUGAAGGGGUGAACGCUUUGAUGUCAGGUUUAGCCUUACAUAAAGGUAAACUGACUCUUUUAGACAUUGGCAACAACUCAAUUAGUGCAAGAGGUGCCUUUCAUGUUGGUGGAUAUAUCAAAAAGACAAAGAGCUUGCUAUGGCUGAAUCUUUACAUGAAUGACAUAGGGGACGAGGGAGCUGGACACAUUGCAGAUGCUUUGAAGCAAAACAGGACGAUAACAACCAUAGACUUGGGGGGAAAUAACAUCCAUGCUGAGGGAGUGACUGCAUUAGCUGAGGCAUUGAAAGAUAAUUCUGUUAUUACAUUUUUGGAAGUUGGUUAUAAUCCCAUUGGACCAGAUGGGGUGAAGGCUUUAUCUGAAGUUCUCAAGUUUAAUGGAAACAUAGAAACCCUUAAGCUUGGGUGGUGUCAGAUAGGAGCAAAGGGUGCCGAGUUCAUUGCAGAUAUGUUGAAAUAUAAUACCACAAUACGUGUUCUGGACUUGAGGGCAAAUGGACUACGCAAUGAAGGUGCAAUUUGCCUGGCUCGCAGCUUGAAGGUGGUUAAUGAAGCUUUAACUUCAUUGGAUUUAGGCUUCAAUGAAAUUAGGGAUGACGGGGCUUUUGCAAUUUCUCAAGCACUAAAGGCCAAUGAAGAUGUGACAGUCACAUCUUUGAACCUUUCGAGUAACUUCCUCACCAAAUUUGGGCAGAGUGCUUUGACAGAUGCACGAGACCAUGUAUAUGAGAUGAGUGAAAAGGAAAUCAACAUAUUUUUCUAGGAGGGUUUACUUAUUAGACUAGAAAUGUGUACCGAAAACAACACCGUUCUUUUGGUUCAUUCUUUUACCAAGGAGCAUCGUUAAGAACUCCAAACUUCUGAGUUCUUAUCAAGUUCCAAUAGCGAGGAACAUCAUUUGGAAAUUUUGACAUCCGGAGAUCAUAGUUAGUCUCGUCAGUAAUAGGUAUGGUUGGAAGAUGUUGAGGAUGGUUUUUCACUAGAGUUCAAAUAAGUUUACAAUCUCAGGAGAAGUUCUGUAAUGAUCUAGUGUCACAUUCUCAUGUAGUACACAUUACGAGAGAAUAUGGAUGGCAUUUUUGUCACUAUAUAUACAUGCCUUUAGUGUCUGAU